AAACGGAAGGUUCGCCGUUAGAUAGAAUAAAUCCAAAAACGAAAGAAGAAUUUGAUGAGUUUUGUAAUCUUUUAGUUGAACGAAUCAGAAAGCAUGAGAAACAAGGCCUAUAUAUUAAUUUUAUUAAUGGAUUCGUGCGGGAAUUAUGUUCCUCACUUAAAGAUGUUGAUAUUCGUAAAGUUUCUAGCACGCUGGCAACAAUGGCAAAUGAAAAAGCGAAAGCUUCGAAGGAGGCUAACAAAGCAAAGAAAAAAAA